UAUGGGAACCACAAAUGUCUGUUUUCUAUGCUUGCAUGGCACAGACACUGAGGACACCUCCAAACGCACCUGAGGCGCAUCUCCUAAUCAAGGGAGAGGCGUGGGAUUGGCACGAGGACACUCUCAACCACACCUGAAGCGCAUCUCCUAAUCAGCCAGACUCUGGUUGGGAGGAACUGUUUUACUGGGUUCUCUUCGGCACACUCAAACAUCAGCAGCAGCUCCCAAAGACUUCACUCUACGUUAACUGCCGUGCCACUACAAUGACCUCACUCCGGCUGUUGCCCUUGUUGCAGUCCCUCCUUCUCAUCCAAGUCCAUCUUUCCAACCAGUUAGAAGACAACAAGAUCCCUCCCAGUCUGUGUACUGGUCACCCUGGUAUCCCGGGCUCUCCUGGAGCUCAUGGCAGUCCUGGUCAGCCAGGGAGAGACGGGAGGGACGGGAGAGAUGCUGCUCCAGGGGAGAAGGGACAGAAGGGGGACAUGGGAUACCCAGGUGAGACAGGAGUGCGUGGCUUGACCGGGGACAGAGGGGACCCAGGAGAAAAAGGGGAGAGGGGGCAGUCAGGAGAGUGCGCGGUGGCCCCCAAAUCAGCCUUCAGUGUCAAACUAUCCGAGGGCCUCACUUCACCCAUCACUGUGGGCAAUGUAGUCCGCUUCGACAAGGUUGUACUUAAUGAACAGGGCGACUACAACGCAGAGACGGGACGCUUUACCUGCAAAGUGCCAGGAGUUUACUACUUUGCCGUUCACGCCACAGUCUACCGCGCCAGCCUCCAGUUUGACCUGAUGAAAAAUGCACACACAGUGGCAUCUUAUUUUCAGUUCUACGGCAACUGGCCCAAACCAGCGUCUCUUUCAGGCGGCUCCCUGCUCCACCUCAUCCCUGGUGACCAGGUGUGGGUCCAGAUGGCUCUGUCAGAGUACAAUGGGUUUUACUCCAGCACCAAGACAGACAGCACCUUCACCGGCUUCCUGGUGUACUCAGACUGGAAGAACUCUGCUGUGUUUGCAUGACCCGUGCUUAUGAACAAACCACUCAUAUCCUACUUAAUGCUGUUUUUUGUGUGCCUAUUUCAGUUUUCUAAUUGAGAAGUUCUGGAUAAAGACAAGGCAAUAGGCUGUGACGUGGUACAUCUGUAUUUGUGUAACGAAUAUAAAACACUAGACAAUGUUACUUGAAUGGCACAUACCGUACUGGUGAAGUGUGAGGUACACACACUGUUUAUUCAGUGUCUGGUCUUCAGCUGGAGCCUUUAAACGGCUGUGUCACUUAAUCCUUGUAACAGAUGUUGUGACAAUGGCUUCCAGCCAACUCCAGGCCACAAAUUCAAACAGCUUUCACGCCUUUUAUUGCACUUUUGUUUCCCGUCAAGAUCUCUGCACAGCAAACAUGAGAAAUGAAUAAAUAUCAUAGUUUUAAAAACACACACGACUGAUAUACUUUUGGCCAUAAAUACCCAUUCAUGCUGGAUACUGUGAGGUGAUCCGUUUUACUAAUUGUUAUAAGUCAGUUCUACACUUUUAACUUUAAUCUCCAAACAUGAUAUUUAUCACUUUCUAAUAACAUGCCUGCCUGUGCACACUUCUGUUUGAUUUUGUAGUCAUUUACCUGAUUGCAGUGGUGGAAGAAGUACUCAGGUUAAAAUUGUGUAAAAACACUCCAUUACAUGUAAAUUACUGCAUUCAAACUUUUAAUUUUAAGUACAGAUGCAUUAUCAACAAAAUGUACUUAAAAGUAUUUAAAGUGCAGAAAAUUGCCCAUUUGAGUAAUUUAAUAUUAUUCAUGAUAUUAUUAAAUUGUUGAUACUGAUGCAUCAAUGUACAGUAUAAGUGGCAUUUUAGUGUUGUAGCUGGUUGAGCUGGAACUAGUUUAACAGCUGGAACUAGUUUAACUGUUUUAUACAGUUAGCCAGGUAAUUUAAUCCAGUGGUUCCAAACCUAGGGGUCGAGCCCCCUCCGAAGGAUCACAAAAUAAAUCAAAGGGGUCGUGAGAUGAUUAAUAAGGCAGAACAGAUCAUUUUACCUCAUUGAGCACAACUUGUUAUUCAAAUGAAA